GACAUUGUUGCCUGGCUCUCCUGACAGAGAUGAGUCCGGCCCUCACCUUGUGGCUGCUGGCCGCAGCCUGCAGCGUAGCACCCACACUAAGGGGCGACGACCGUGUUCUGGGGGGCGAGCCGGCGGACAUCUCGCAGUUCCCCUGGCAGGUCUCCGUGGAGUAUGUGGAGGCGCACCGCUGCGGCGCCUCCAUCGUCAGCGCCAACUGGGUGAUGACGGCUGCGUGGUGCAUCUGGGGCACCGAACCAAUCUAUUACGUGCUGCGGGUCGGUACAUCUAUACGCGAGAGUGGCGGCGCCACAUACACGGUGUCCGAUUUGUUCUGGCACGAAGAUUUCGAUUAUGUUUUGACAGAUAGAGACAUUGGUUUCUUCGAGAUCUCUGGCUCCAUCUCGUUUGGCGACAACGUUCAGGCUGUGGCUCUGGCUACUGAGGAGCUCGAGGCCGGCAGCACCGUCACGGUGAGCGGCUGGGGUAGCCUUCAACCUGGGGUGGACUACCCGGAGCAGCUGCACGCCGUCAACACGACUAUCAUCGACCGUUCCUCCUGCAACGACACCUACGAAGGAAUAGUCACAGAGAACAUGAUUUGCGCUGGUGAACCAGAAGGCGGCAAAGACGCUUGCAAUGGUGACAAAGGUGGUCCCCUGGUUGCGAACUCCACGCAAUACGGAAUCGUCUCGUGGGGCUAUGGCUGUUUUUACCCACCAUAUCCAGGAGUGUACACCAACAUCGUUUCCCUGCGCUCUUGGAUUAACGAAACAAUCGGUGUCUAAUUGUUUGCUUUUCACAUUCAAAAGGUUGCCUCCUGAAACCAUACACACAUUGAGGCAUACAAACGUGUACAUUUUUUUAUUUGAUUUAUGAAAUUAUUCUACGCCUGAGCAUUCAUUAUCAAAUUAAAGAAGGUGUUAGAUCUUUCGCUCUAUUUUUGCAGCAUAAAAAGAUUAUGUAAGUGUUUAUUUCUUUACUCAUUAUUGUUUGAUUUCAUAGUCAUAUAAUAGUUAGCUGCCGGAGAACGAAACAUGGUCAGAAAAGAGAGUGUUUGGUGAUGUAAAACUGUGUCAUUGUUCACUAUCCAUGCAAAGAAAUGGUUUGCAUGGUAAUAAUAACCACACUAAAUACAUAGACUGCAAGUUAGACUUACAAAUAUCGAAAUGGGGAAAACGAUAGCGUACUGAUGGCGUGCGUCAUCGCACUCACUGAUUUCAACUCAUUUACAGGCUGAUAAUCAAACAAAACUAAUUUCGUUAGUGCAUUAAUGUAGGGUUAGGUACUAUAUUACUCAGUUAAAGAGGAGGAAGUCUAUAUAACAUUUUUAUAGAACAAAAAGUUACAGGAAUGAUACAACCUUACAUUUCCGAGGCUCGAAGUAGAAGAAGCAGCAAGGACUAACAGUUCUAGUGUUUUAACAAAAAGCAAUCGAAAAAUUCUGUUUCACAGGUAAUUAGGAUACAAAGAUGAACUUGAUGUUCUGCUUAUAAUAAAAAAUUUUAUUAUAAGUAUUACUGUUUCGACUCAUGUAUCAUAAAAUGUAUGUAUGAAAGAGUAAUUUCAAAAG